CGUGUUCUUGUGUAUCUAGGGAGGAUAACAGAAGCUCCUAGAGCAAUUUGCUGCUUCACGUAACAUCUUGAUCAUUGCUUGUAAAUAUGUGGUAACUGUCCCGCUACCUUGUCUACGUUGGGCUCGAAAGAAGAUAUGCGAUGUCGGCACAUACCUCACCACCCGCCGACCGAAAGCAACGCGCAAUGACGCCCUUCAUUCACCUCCCGCAUAAGCUCUUAUCGAUAAGACAGCUACUCCGCACCACGCAUCCGUCAGCACCCCAAGCUACCAUACUUGCAGUCUUCGAUUGCUCCUACUCCAAUACCAAAUCCAUCUUCUAAAUCCGCAGCACAAUGCCCCACGCAACAGCCACCGUAAACGGCGUCCAAGUCGCCUCCACUGACACCUACGAAGUCGUCGACGGAAACAUCUACUUCCCACCUGAUAGCAUAACCCAGUCCCACUUCACGCCCACAUCCACCAAAACCCACUGCCCCUACAAAGGCGACGCAUCCUAUUACACCAUCACCACCAACAAGACCGAAGUCAAGGAUGCAGCGUGGUACUAUCCCGAGCCGCUCGAGGGCAUGAAGAAGAUCAAGGGCUAUGUCGCGUUUUACAAGGGCAAGGCCGAGGUGGAGAGUUCGUAG